AUGAAGGACAUUGCCAAAAACAUGGUGACGGUACUGCGUGUGCUGCGCGAGGCUCACAGAAGCCCCGUGCAGAGCGACGUGAUUUGCGUCCCCCUACGCUCAGCACAGAUGUCUGUGGCUGUUGGGGAGGCCUUGGAGGAAACCAAGAGCCGAAGCAGCUGCGCGGCCUUGUCCGAGGUCUCCUUGUUGCUGUACCAACUCUCGGGCAAGGAAGUGCCUGAGCCGACCUUGGCGCCUCGAGAAGGUCGCUGUGGGUCGCCGAGAACCAUUGGCAGCUUCGCAGGGAGGCGUCCAGGUGAACCUCCCGCGCGGUUUCCGAAACCACGUCCAUCCGGUGCAAACGCUUGA